AUGGCGCCGGAGAUGACCGACGGCCGGCCGAGGGUACUCAUCGUCUCCCCCCGGAGCGUCCGCAAGAAUAAGUUCAUCGAUUUCGUCGGUAAACUGCAGCACCAUGCACUGGUUUUCUCAGAUAGAUAGAUAGAUAGAUAGAUAGAGAGAGAGAGAGAGAGAGAGAGAGAGAGAGAGAGAGAAGAUCGCUUCUCCUUUUAUUUCUGUGAAUAAAGAGAGUGAGCCGUGUGGCAGGCCAGUACCAUCUGGAGCUCCUCGUGAGGUACGGGGCGGCGCCGGUGAUCGUCCCCCGCAUCGCCGGCGUGGACGAGAUACUCGACGGCUUUGAGCCGAUUCACGGUGUUCUCCUCUGCGAAGGGGAAGACGUCAACCCCUCCUACUACCAGACCGGCCCCCCCGCCCUCUCCCCUGAGGAGGCCGAGGAGGUUCGCCGGCUCCACGCCGGGGUUCACAGGUUCUCAACGUCGCCGCCGGCGGCACGCUGCACCAGGACGUGGCCCGAGAGCUCGGCAAGGCGGGCUCGCCGGUGGUGGUGCACAUGGACUACGGCAACUACGACGGCCACCGCCACGGUGUCUCCGUGGUGGCGGAAAAACCGCUGCAUUUGUGGUUCAUGGAGUGGCUGGCGGAGGAGGGCGGGAGGAUGGAGAUGAUGGUGAACAGCUAUCACCACCAGGGCGUGAAUAGGCUCGCGGAGAGGUUCGUGGCGAUGGGGUUCGCCGGCGACGGCCUGGUGGAGGCGUUCUAGGACCCCACCGCCUACGACCCCGGGGAGGGCGAGUUCUUGGUGGGGCUGCAGUCCAUCCGGAGAGGAUGAGGGCCUCCUCGUCCGACGCGUUUGAUUAUCCAGGGUGCCCCUCGAUUUACGAGGUAUUUCUUUCUUUAUUUCAGUGGCCGUUUUAUUAGUUCUGAAAUUUUCAUGGAGCUGGUUUCUUGAGAGAUUAUCUAAAAAGGGUUUUUAUUUUCUUAAGAAUAAUUCCCUUGAAGAAUAUAAGUUACUCCUAUUUAAAAUAUUCCUCGAAACAUAUGACAUAUCAACACAGCAUUCUAGGGGGUCUUUAGCCUAUAGAAAAGUCAGUCAAAGCUUCCAGCAUAAUCUAGAAACUAUUAUUUAAAUACAAAGAAUCCACAUUAUAAAUCAAAACCUUCUUUGCAUUAUAAAUAUUUACAUUUUCAGAAAAAAAUUAAAUUUCUACAUACAUUAAAUUUAAGGGUCAACCAAUCAAGAUGCUACAAUACGACAUAAACAAAAUUCUCAUAAAUCUAAAUUAAUAUUAAAAAAAUGUUAAAAAAUAAAUUAUCACGCACAGGAUUUUGUGAGGGCAGCCACAGCUUAUCAGAGGAAGACGAAGAGGAGGAUCUCCUGGAGCAACAAGGCCUGGAAGACAGGCAAGAUUAAUGAUCAGAUGGUCGGACCUAAACUCAGCCUCCAGGUAGUGAAUUCGGCCCUUUUGUUUUUGGCCGAAACUCUGGUCCCCCCGAGCCCCUAGGUCGAGCCUACAGAUGAGUGUGUGUGUGUGUGAGAGAGAGAGAGAGAGAGAGAGAGCACUUCUAGCGCAGAGCUCUCAAUUUAGGUCAAAUAAAGGCGUGGAUAGAUGAACCCAUUUUCCAGUCUUGGGUUCCAAAGUCAAACUUAUGAAGAAAACGUGUGCACGAUCCAGUCUCAAAUGAAUUCGGCCUUAAUUAACGACUAGGUUCAUCCCUACCUUUCUUUUUUCUGAGCCAGAUUUGCGGGCGCCAUCUCUGGAUCGAGUUCCAAGGCUUGAGAGAGAAACAUGGGCCAAUCAGGAACCCUGAAGACUGUCAAAGAAGUCUCUCAUCUCCUCUCUCUCUUCCGUACAUAUUGUGAGAAAGAGCGGAGCUCAGAAGAGGAGGAGAGGUUGAAACAGAUGGGGGUGACGGUGAGGAACGGGUCAGCGCACGUGGAGAAGGUGAAGAAAGGGAGCGGCGAGCGGGGUGCGGCGGCGGCGGCGGCGGCGGCGAGGGUGAUGGAGAGAAUGUCGGUGGAGCAGCUGGCGGAGCUGAUGCAGUUCUAA